AUGCGUUUCGACAUUCUCUCCGUCGGUCUGCUGGCCACUGGCGCCAUGGCGCGCUGUGUGCCCAAGGGUUUCGUCACGACCAAGGGCACCAAGUUCAGGUUGGACGGCAAGGACUUCCCCUUUGCCGGCAGCAAUGCUUACUACUUCCCCUUUGACAACAACCAAGCUGAUGUCGAGGCUGGUCUGACCGCCGCCAAGGACGCCGGGCUCAAGGUGUUCCGCACCUGGGGCUUCAACGACAAGAACGCGACCUCGGAUUUCCAGAACGGCAUGCCCAAGUACGGCGGCGAGGGCGCCGGCGCCACCGAGGUGAUUCUGCAAAAGUGGUACGACAACGGCACCUCCGUCAUCAACCUCGAGCCCUUUGACAAGGUCGUCGACGCCGCCACCAAGGUUGGCAUCAAGCUGCUCGUCGCCUUCACCAACAACUGGGCCGACUACGGUGGCAUGGACGUGUACACCGUCAACCUCGGCGGCAAGUACCACGACGAUUUCUACCGCGUCCCCGCGAUAAAGGACGCCUACAAGCGCUACGUCAAGGCCUUUGUCGAGCGCUACAAGGACUCGCCCACCAUCUUCGCCUGGGAGCUCAUGAACGAGCCCCGCUGCGGCGCCGACGGCGUCCGCAACCUCCCCCGCAGCCCCGCCGGCUGCAACCCGGCCGUCAUGUCCGCCUGGACCGACGAGAUGUCGACCUUUGUCCGCAGCAUCGACCCCUACCACCUCAUCACCUGGGGCGGCGAGGGCGCCUUCAACCGCGAGUCCGACGACUGGGCCUACAACGGCGCCGACGGCUCCGACUUUGACCACGAGAUGACCCUCAAGAACAUUGACUUUGGCACCUUCCACCUCUACCCCGACUGGUGGAGCAAGACGGUCGAGUGGUCGAACCAGUGGAUCGUCGACCACGCCGCCGUCGGCCGCGACGUCGGCAAGCCCGUCGUCUUUGAGGAGUACGGCUGGCUCCAGCCCGACAAGCGCCUCGAGUACCUCGGCCAGGUCCGCAACGAGACGAGGCUCGAGGUCAUCAGCCACUGGCAGGAGCUGUCCAUCGAGGGCGGCAUGCCCGACAUGUACUGGCAGUACGGCUACUGCGGCUACUCGUACGGCUGCAACCACAACGACGGCUUCACCAUUUACCUCAACGACACCGAGGCCGACGUCCUCAUCUACCAGCACGCUGCCAAGGUCAACGGCGAGAACUAG